UAUUGCUGCAUAAUACACAAUUGUACACUUUUGCCAUGGUUCACCUAUUUUCUGUUAAUGAACAUGUGAGGUUGUUUCCACAUUAAGGCUGCUUCAAAUAAAUUUUCAUUAUCCUUCUUUUCCUUGUCUUCUUGGUGCACAUGUAUUCUUAUUCAUCUGUUUUUCAAGGAAGAAAACACCAUUUGGGCCAAUUAAGACACAAUAACAUCAAUAUGUUGGAGGACAAGGUGUUCAUGAGCAGCUCCUUCUCUUGUGAGAGUUGUAUAAGCUGUGGGUCUCAUAAGAAAAGGAACUUGGGGACAGCCAUGUCCUUUCAUGUUCUUUCACGUACGGAUCCGAGGAAUGGGGAACAAAAACAAACUGUAUACUCAAGUAGACGUUGCUUGCACCCAGAGUAAAGGCAACUCAUAGACCCUCUGCUCCGAGUAGUCAAUUUAAUGUAAGAGCUGACUGUCCAGUUCCUUCUGAACUAUAGAGUUGAGGAAUGUGGAGUCACCCGGGGGCAAGACAUGGAGAGACUGAAGAGGACUGUGGGUCCCAGACAUGUUUUUGUGGGUCUUCCCUUCCUUUUGCCUUUUAUUCCUGAAACCAAGGUAAGAAGACCUUGGUAGACACAGAAAGUUCUCACAGACUCUGCCCAUCCCUCUCUUACAGAUACUUGCCCUGUCCUGGGAGUAAGAGAGGAUGCACCAUAGAAUCUCAGGAGGUGCUUAUUACUGUGUCCUGGUUAAUAACUGCAGUUUAAAGUCUGGGCCUAUUUAGAAGUCAGUGGAGGGGAGGAGAGAAGAAAGGCUGGGCUGCUGGGUAGGGUCGGUACCUUAAUCCACCUCUCCAGUCGCUUCUCAGGAGUCUCCAGGAAGAGAUGAUAAAGGAAAGAGAACUGGAAGUAGCCAGCUCUCCAAAGAGGUACAAGGACAGACAUUUAGCUGGAAGGGAGUGAGGUCUGAAAACUCUGCACCUUCUCUGGUUAUUCGGAAACAACUGGGAGGUACAUCUCCCAGUCCUUGUCCAAGAGGUAAGGGUCUCCUCAGGCACCUAUCAGUAUGUUUCUGAAAGUGGAGUUUCACAGAGGGUGGCAGUGAGAUGGCACCGCCCCGCCCGGACUCGCCGUCUAGCGCCCUCUGUCACCCUAGGCCUUGAGGCGCAAGGGGGUAGGGUGGGGACCCGGGAAGAGCAGCCAGGCCAGGUGCACCAGGGGUUGGGCAGGAGCCCGGAAGGUGCGCUGCCCCGCCCCAAGCCCCCCCUUUCCCGCGCCUCCUGCAUGAAAGUGAAAGUUCCAGGGCCCCCGCGAAGGUCAAGGAUUGGGGGGGCGGGGCCGGCGCGGACGUGGGAGCCGGCGCCGGGCACUGGAGGGGCCAUGGAUGGGCUCGGCCGCCGCCUCCGAGCCAGCCUGAGACUGAAGCGCGGCCACGGGGGACCUUCCCAGAGCACUCGUGGGGAAGCUGUCCCAGAACCAGAAAGGACCCAGGAACAUUCCCUGUCUAGCUUUGCUGGAGGCCAGCACUUCUUUGAAUACCUCCUUGUUGUUUCUUUAAAGAAAAAGCGUUCAGGGGAUGACUAUGAACCCACGAUCACCUACCAGUUUCCCAAGAGGGAGAACCUGCUCCGGGGCCAGCAGGAGGAGGAGGAACGUCUGCUCAAAGCCAUUCCUUUGUUCUGCUUCCCUGAUGGGAAUGAGUGGGCACCACUCACAGAUUAUCCCAGGGAGACCUUCUCAUUUGUCCUGACCAACGUGGAUGGAAGCAGGAAGAUUGGAUACUGCAGGCGCCUUCUGCCUGCCGGUCCUGGCCCUCGCCUUCCCAAGGUAUACUGCAUCAUCAGCUGCAUCGGCUGCUUCGGCUUGUUCUCCAAGAUACUAGAUGAAGUAGAGAAGAGACAUCAGAUCUCCAUGGCUGUCAUCUACCCAUUCAUGCAAGGUCUCCGAGAGGCAGCCUUCCCUGCACCUGGAAAGACUGUCACCCUUAAGAGCUUCAUCCCUGACUCAGGCACGGAGUUCAUCUCACUGACACGGCCCCUGGACUCCCACCUAGAACAUGUGGACUUUAGUGCUCUGUUGCACUGUCUCCAUUUUGAGCAGAUUAUUCAGAUCUUUGCCUCUGCAGUACUGGAAAGAAAAAUCAUCUUCCUGGCAGAAGGUCUCAGUACCCUGUCUCAGUGUAUUCAUGCUGCAGCUGCUCUGCUCUACCCCUUUAGUUGGGCACACACGUAUAUCCCUGUGGUCCCCGAGAGCCUUCUGGCCACUGUCUGCUGCCCCACUCCUUUCAUGGUUGGGGUACAGAUGCGCUUUCAGCAGGAGGUUAUGGACAGUCCUAUGGAAGAGGUCCUGUUGGUGAAUCUUUGUGAAGGAACCUUCUUAUUGUCGGUUGGUGAUGAAAAAGACAUCCUACCACCAAAACUUCAGGGUGACAUCUUGAACUCUCUUGGUCAGGGGAUAAAUGAGCUAAAGACUUCAGAACAAAUCAAUGAGCAUGUUUCAGGCCCUUUUGUGCAGUUCUUUGUCAAGACUGUGGGCCACUACGCCUCCUAUAUCAAACGGGAGGCUAGUGGGCAAGGCCACUUCCAAGAACGAUCCUUCUGUAAGGCUGUCACUUCCAAAACCAAGCGCCGGUUCGUGAAGAAGUUUGUGAAGACACAACUUUUCUCCCUGUUCAUCCAGGAAGCAGAGAAGAGCAGGAAUCCUCCUGCAGGCUAUUUCCAAAAGAAAAUACUUGAAUACGAGGAACAGAAGAAACAAAAGAAAUCAAAAGAAAAGACUGUGAAGUAAAAGCCAUGGUGAGCAACAGUGUCUACAGCUACAGGCCAAUUUGGACUUUGGCCCUUCUGGUGUGACAGGACCAGAGAGCCCCCUCAGUCCUGGAAUCCAUGGCUUCCUUCCAACUGGUAAUCCAGUCCUGCUUCAAAGUGGUGUCUGAGUUUGGGAUCCUUGGUGUCAGGGUUUCUCAGAACUUUGAGAACUCUCAUCCAAGCUCAUAGAACUGUACUCAAAGCUGCAGUUUUAGCAGAAUGGACACAGUGAUAAACAGUAGUACAGUUGUGGGUGCUUGAUUAGAAGAUGCCGCCAAUGCCAUCUCCUGGGAACCACUGUUAGAGAAUCCUCAGCAGAGAACACUGUUGUGGCCCAACAACCCAUGUACAAAAUAGUGGUCUGACAUGUGAGGAUGAGAAUAAAGAUGAAAACCUUGUUGUUUGUCAAUCUAGGAGGCACUGCAUGAGAGAACAAACUGAACUAGACAUGGAGGAGGACAUGGUCACACAAGGCUGUUUGGAAUCACAAAAUCAGCAUCUCCACUUCUAGUAGGAAGAGUAAGAAAUCUUGAUCAGAGUGGCUACAGCAUAGUAGUCUUUGGUACUAGUUAAGUGUGCUUCCCAGCAUCUUGAGCAGAGACUGCUAGGAGGAAGGAGGCAGCUUUGGCCUCAGACAAGUUAAUGGAGAAAUCCCAGUCAACAGAAGCCCUUGAAGGAUACUUCAUGACUUCCAUAAAGAGGCUAGAGAGGCUAGACUGCCCAUAACCAAGCCAAGGAUAGUCCUUUACCUUCUAUCUUAGGCAUUUCACCUCAACUGCUUAUUAAGGUUCCAGUACCACUCUCUAGCUAAACAUGGAGAGAUCCCUGCAUUGAAAUUUUCCCCCUUUACAAUCCAAAGUAUUUAGUAGUUAUCUAGGCCUUCUUUUUCUAUACCUCCCUUCAUGAUUUGUUUAAACCUAUAAGAAAAAUAUCUUGUCUUCUAGAAUUCUAUCUUUGAAAUGUUUUCCCUCCCUAUUUUUUAGUGUCGCCUUUGGAAGUUUCUGAAUUCCAUACAAAGAAUGAAAAUCAUGUGGGGGGUGUAACAAGAGGCAGAGCUACAAAAUGGAAGUUUAAGGGAUACACUCUGAUUUGGGGAACACAAACAUCUACUGCAGGUGUUAGAUGUCCACAUGCCAUGCUUAACUGUAGUUCUGCAGCUUCUAGGAAUCAUUGUAUCUUUUUAGACGGUUUAUAGAAGUGGUUGCUAAACCUGGUUAGAUCUUGAAAAGUUUCAGACCAAGAACCAGAAUGCUGUUAAGGCUGUGAAAAUACUGAGGCUCCAAUAUAAGUCUACCAAACUCCCUAUGAAUCUGGAGUACAUUAUAGUGGCAUAGCCUAUAAUCCCAGCAUUCAGGAGGCUAAGGGAGGAAAACUGAGAGUUCAAGGCUAGCCUGAGCUACUAUGGGACCUUGUCUAGAAUCGACCUCCCCCCCCCCUCAGAAAAUCCUGGAAAUGUUUUCUAAAAGCAUCCAUAUUGUUGAAUGAUUCUCAUACUCUAGUAGGUAACAACCAGGGGCAGCUGAGGCUUUCUACAAAGCAAUCACUGGACUAAUGAUGCUGAUGUUAUCUAGGACCAAAGGAAGCACACGCAUGACUGCUUUUCAGAUUCCCUCCAUGCUGAG